AAAUAUUAACCAUAAAGAAUAAAAUACUCAAUUUAACUAAACGCACCACUGACAGUACUGCGCAGAAGCGCGCCUUUACGCAGCUUUUAUUACGCAGUUGGUAGAAUUGAACUGUUUCCUCCAAGCCGUGACCGGACGCCAUUAGCACGCCACCGGACAAAAAGCUGUCAUAGUUUGUCUUUAUUGUGAAAAUUGAAGGUUUUUUUCGUAAAUUUUAAUAGUUGUGUUUAUAAUUCUCAAAAGUAAAGUUUCUUCAAAAUGUCUGAUGAAAAAAAGGGAGAAAGCGAACACAUCAACUUAAAAGUAUUAGGUCAGGAUAAUGCUAUUGUCCAGUUCAAAAUAAAGAAACACACGCCUCUGAGGAAACUGAUGAAUGCAUAUUGCGAUAGAGCGGGUCUAUCAAUGCAAGUAGUACGAUUCAGAUUCGACGGGCAGCCUAUCAAUGAAAAUGACACGCCUACAUCACUUGAAAUGGAAGAGGGCGACACAAUAGAAGUGUACCAGCAGCAGACUGGUGGAGCGUUUUUAGUGUAAUUAUAGCAUAAGGAACUGUCCAUUUCCCAUGGGAAGAUCGCUGUGGUGUGCCCAUCUCAAACAUUUUACAUUUAAGUUAAUUUUAAUAACUAUGUUGGUAUCUGAAGAAUGACAGAAGGAAAUUUCAGGACAUGAAAUUAUUGCAACAUAUGCUCCUGAGGUUUUCCUCUUAAUUAGGACGAAAUGUGGUAUGCCAAAUACAAGUAAAAAGAAUUCCAUUGUGAUAAUUUUUAGUUGACACGUCUAAUACAACAGCCAGUAUUUUUUUAUGCUGAGGUACUAAGGCAUUUCAUAUUUCUUUAUGUGGUAACAUGUAAUUUAUUGGACAUGUGUCCAUAUCAGUUAAAAGUCUGUAACCACUAAUGUACCUAUCUUCUGAAAUAAAGUAAAUGUAAUAAUAAUGUGUAUUUAAUUUUCCCCUCA